AUGGAGCGCUUAUCGCUGAACGAGAGCCCUGCCAAUGCGCAGCGGAAUCCCCAGCAGCAGCCACAGCAACAGCAAUUCCAACAACAGAACUCGCUUGGUCCUGCCGGUCAAAUGCCUACUUCGGGCCCGCCGCAACUUCCGCCACAGAUGUUCACUACUGCCGCACAGCUGCUGGACUUGACAGAUAAGAAGCUAGUCCUCGUCCUGCGCGAUGGGAGAAAACUAGUCGGUGUGUUGCGAAGCUGGGAUCAGUUCGCGAACCUUGUUCUCCAAGAUACUGUCGAACGAAUCUACGCCGGAAAACUCUACGCUGAUGUUCCACGCGGGAUCUUCCUUGUGCGUGGUGAGAACGUGUUGCUAUUGGGUGAAGUGGACCUUGACCGCGAAGACGAGAUUCCUUCCACCGUAACAAAAGCUCCUUUCGAGGAGGUAUUCGAACUCAAGAAGCAGGAAGAUAACAAGCGCAAGAGCGGUGACAAGAAGCGACACACUGAACUUUCGGCUCUGGGAUUCGAGCCUGAGCACAGCGGCGAGAUCUUGUUCUAG